GCAAGCAGUCAGAGAGCUGCAAAGGGUUCCGCGCUGGGUCUGGGGAUGCGCGCAAGUCCGCCUCUCAUUUACUGCUCCGCCAAACCCACACAAUCACUUGGAAUACUGUAAAAACUGUUCACAGGCUCGAUUUGGACAUGAAAUGUGGAAAAACUCACAGGAAAUACAACUUGCUGGUUAUUUCUCUGUAAAUUAAAGAAGAUGGAUCUUUGAUUGAGGAGCAGAAAAGGAAAACAACAAACAUUCGUUAUUUUUCUUACCUUUUUACGCACUGAGAAAACAAACGGAAUCAACGGACAUUCUUGACAUGUUGGGAUUUUUACAAAUCUCAAUAUCAACAAUUUAUACAUUAGUGAAUUUUGUUGACCGAUCGAAGGACUUAAUGGCACUUUUUGUUCCCGUGAUUUUAGGAUUGCUUGGUGUCCAGUGACAGAAUGCAUCAAAGGGAGAAGUGACUUAUUCAAGGUUUCUGGGAAACUCUGGGUCAACAAUUGAAGCCAUCUGCCAAUUUAUGGAUCUUUGAAUGCAAACUGUCUUCACAUUUUUCCCAUCACUUAACCCUCCUUGCUCUACAAUUCCCCAAAACUCAGAGUCUAAUCUGCAAUAUCAUUCUGUUCAUCUAAAACAAUGUGGAGCGCUGCUUUUCAGUUUGCUAAUUGUCCACUUCGAGUGGUGAUCAAAUAUUUAGUUGCUGUCUUUUUGAUGGGGGAGUGGUGCCACUCAUCCCCUUCAGGCUCAGAAUCAAACUCCUGUUCUACAUUGGUACAAAGCCGUUUUUUUGGCUUUUUCCUGUCAUCAUCAGUAUUCCCCACUAUGCCUUGCUCCUGGACCCUGCAGAAUCCUGAUCCACGGUACUAUACCAUCUUCAUCAAGAUAACAAAACCUACCCGGGACUGCACUCCGUUCCAGCUUCGUAUUUUCCAAUAUGACUCCUUCCUGGAAACCACACACACCUACCUAGGAAUGGACAGCUUUGACGAAGUAGUGAGACUGUGCGACACGUCUGCCCCGAUGGCCUUCCUUGAGGCUGGCAAGCAGUUUGUUCACAUGAGAAAUGGUCCUCGUCAGAAAGGCGCAACCACUACAAGUGACAGUGGCGAUUUCAAAGUCGAGUACCUUGUUGUUGGAAAACGUAACCCCAGCAUGGCAGCGUGCCAGAUGCUAUGCCAGUGGCUAGAGGACUGUCUGGCCUCCAGCACAUCAAGCAGGCCAUGCGGCAUCAUGCAGAUGCCAUGUUCGUGCUGGCAUCCACCACCAAAGCACAGUGAAGGCAACAGCUGUUACUACAAUGGAGUUUACCUGGAUAACUGUUCACCCAAAAUAAGAGAAAGUGGGAGAAACACCAACAUAAAUGGUAAAGACCUGCGUAUUUCUCGCAGUCAGUCACUUCGUUCAGCGGACAAUCGUAAGCAGCUUGAUGAUGGACAGAAGCCCAACAAUGGACCGCAAAACCCUCAGACAGUAGACUCAACCUCAGGUGAGGAGUGGUCAGCAUGGAGUGUGUGUUCUGCUACAUGUGGGGAGGGCUGGCAGAGUCGCACUCGUUUCUGUGUCUUCUCCUCGUACAGUACCCAAUGUAGUGGGCCACUGCAAGAGCAGAGAACUUGCAAUCCUGCUAUUUGUCCAGUAGCCGGCGUGUGGGAUGAAUGGUCACCAUGGAGUUUAUGUUCAUCAACAUGUGGCAGAGGUUUAAGAUCCCGAACACGAACAUGCACCCCUCCCCAGUUUGGAGGAGAUCCGUGUGAGGGUCCAGAGAAACAGACUAAGUUCUGUAAUAUAGCUCUUUGUCCAGUGGAUGGAGUGUGGAAUGAGUGGUCAAGUUGGAGUUCCUGCUCAUCUUCCUGCGCUAAUGGGACCAUGCAACGGACAAGAGAGUGUAACGGUCCCUCAUUUGGAGGUUCUGAAUGCAGAGGAGAGUGGCUGGAAACCAUUGACUGCUUCCUUGGGGAAUGUCCUGUCGAUGGCAGGUGGCAGCCAUGGUCUUUGUGGUCAGGGUGUUCCAAGACUUGUGGUGGGGGUAGCCAGCAGAGAAACAGAAUUUGUUAUGGACCCUUUUUUGAAGGGCAGUCUUGCCCUGGAGAACGAGAAGAGGUUCAACACUGCAAUGAAAAACGAUGCCCAGAACCACAUGAAAUAUGCAUCGAGGACAACUACUCCAACGUUGUUUGGAAGAUGACUCCUGCUGGCGAUACAGCAGCAGUGCGAUGUCCUCCCAACGCAAUGGGGUUGAUUUUGCGUCGAUGCAUCCUUGACGAGGAGGGUAUUGCAUACUGGGAGAACCCAACCUAUAUGAAGUGUAUUUCCAAUGACUAUCGCAGCAUACAGACUUUGACUCGAGAUCAUUUAUCCAAAGCACAACGAGGCCUUAUGGGUGAUGGAGUCUCUGAAGUGAUGACAAAACUGAGGGUGACUUCCAGUGAUGGCACCAGCUACAGUGGUGAUCUGCAGGCCAUCCUGGAUGUGCUGAAGAACAUGACCGAGAUCUUCAGAAGGGCAUACUACAGUCCCAGCAGCGCUGACAUGAGGAACUUUGUUCAGUCAGUCAGUAAUCUACUAAUGGAAGAAAAUCGAGUCCGAUGGGAGGAGGUGCAACUGCUGGGCCCAAACGUCAAAGAACUUUUCCGCCUGAUUGAGGACUUUGUGGAUGUCAUUGGUCUGAGAAUGAAAGACUUUCAAGACAUGUAUGAAGUCACUGAUAACAUAGUUUUAAGCAUCCACAAGCGUCCAAUGCUGAGUAACGCAGACAUCAGCUUCCCAAUGAAAGGCUGGAGGGGCAUGGUGGAUUGGGCCCGCAACACAGAAGAUAGAGUCAUCAUCCCUAAACACAUCCUUCUAACAGGCAAGCCAGAUUCAGAUGACUCCUCGACGUUUGUAACAGGUAUCAUUCUGUACAGAAACUUGGGAAGUGUUCUGAAUUUGCAGAGAAAUGGCACAGUACUCAACUCCAAGAUUGUAUCAGUCACCAUAAAACCCACUCCUGCUUCCCUUUCUGCUCCAGUUACAGUAGAAUUCUCUCACUUGUUCAACGGCACCAUCAACCAGACAUGUAUAUCCUGGGAUGAGAAUGAGAGCUCCUCUCUGCUGGGAUCCUGGUCUGCAAGGGGCUGCAAAACCGUUCUCGUCGAUUCACACAGAACCAAAUGCCUGUGUGACAGACUGUCCACCUUCGCCAUUUUAGCACGACUUCAUCUCGAAAUGAACAUGGAUAAGACACAGCUCCCAUCUGUGACGCUAAUUGUGGGUUGUGGAGUGUCUUCUUUAACAUUGUUGCUACUCAUCAUCAUCUAUGUGUCAGUCUGGAGAUAUAUUCGGUCUGAACGAUCCGUCAUACUUAUCAACUUCUGCCUCUCAAUCAUUUCCUCCAACGCUCUAAUUCUCAUCGGACAGACCCAAACAAGAAAUAAGGUCCUAUGCACCGUAAUCGCUGCGUUUCUUCACUUUUUUUUCCUGUCAUCAUUCUGUUGGGUCCUGACGGAGGCAUGGCAGUCAUACAUGGCAGUGACGGGUCGUCUACGGAAUCGAAUAAUACGCAAGCGUUUUCUCUGUCUUGGCUGGGGUCUCCCUGCCCUUGUUGUUGCAAUAUCAGUGGGUUUUACCAAAGCAAAAGGCUAUGGAACACCAAGCUACUGCUGGUUAUCUCUGGAAGGAGGUCUUCUCUAUGCAUUUGUUGGACCAGCUGCCGCUGUUGUCUUGGUUAACAUGGUUAUUGGGAUUCUCGUUUUUAACAAACUGGUGUCCAAAGACGGCAUUACUGAUAUGAAACUAAAGGAGAGGGCGGGUCAGAUGACAGUGCCACUGUACAAUAUGACGCUCAAAUGUGCCAAGUGUGGAGUUAUCUCGUCGGCUGACGUAUCCACCACAGCUACCAGUAACGCCAUGGCCUCACUGUGGAGCUCCUGUGUGGUUUUGCCCCUUCUGGCUCUCACGUGGAUGUCAGCCGUACUUGCCAUCACUGAUCGGCGCUCUGCACUAUUCCAGAUUCUUUUUGCUGUCUUUGAUUCUAUGGAAGGCUUUGUCAUCGUCAUGGUCCAUUGCAUCCUGCGAAGAGAGGUUCAGGAAGCAGUAAAAUGCCGUGUGGUAGAUCGCCAGGAAGAUGGUAAUGGGGAUUCUGGUGGCUCUUUCCAGAAUGGACAUGCUCAGCUUGUGACUGACUUUGAGAAGGAUGUUGAUAUGGCUUGCAGAUCAGGCACUAUGAAGCACUCCUCCCUCCAGGGAGAGGAAAAAGCCUCUGCUGGGGCUGUAACCCUCCAAAGAGGCUCUAACUUCAAUACCAUGCCAGCCAGUAUGGCCAAAGUCCACCUCCAGAACAUGGCUGACUAUAAUAGCCACACACUGACUCUACGCAGAGAGAAAUGUACCACUAAAGGAAUCAGCACUGAGUUGCCAGGUGCCAAAUCAAUUUACAUCUGCGAUGGUGAUCUCUUUAAACAACUAGAAGGUGAGCUUCCACAAAGGAAUGGAGAAGGAAGCAGUUGUGAGGGCACUGGCAAAGCCCCGGGGCUUGUCCAUUUACCAACCAACAACAUAGGCACCCUAAGGCCCGCCAAGGGCAAAGAAGAGCAACCGACCAAGUAUAACAUAAGUGCUGAACAGCUACCUCAGACAAGGCUUGUCCACCUGGCUAACCCUGUUGCCGGUGAGCCAGUGCUAGGAUUUGGACUGAAGAGCCUGCCUGCUGACCAGGUCAGUGUGUCAUGCUCAGAGAGAGAAUCACCUGCACAUAACCGUCAAAACCUACCAAGAGACUCUCAAGUGGACAGCAGCACCUGCAAUGGAGCAGAAUCUGGAAACUCUGCUGUGAUGACCAAGAGUGAAACUGUUUCCACUCUAUCCACAAGCUCCCUGGAGAGGCGAAAAUCACGCUAUGCAGAGCUUGACUUUGAGAAGAUAAUGCACACCCGGAAACGCCACCAGGACAUGUUUCAGGACCUGAACAGGAAGAUUCACAGUGCAGACAUGGCUGUAGAGUCUCCACCUGUUGAUGCCAAAGCUACUAAAAGAUGGAGUGUGUCCUCUGCCAGCAGCGACAAGACCAACAUAAGUGAUAAGCAGCACACCCCAAGUAAGAGGGCAUGGGAGGGUGUUCAAAUCACCCACUCGCCUUCAUCCUGGGGAAAAAAAGACCCGGCAAAAGCAGUGAUCUCCCCUUUGGAGUUGCAGACGGUGGAGUGGGAGAAGACAAGUGCAACUAUUCCUUUGGUAGGCCAGGAUAUCAUGGACCUGCAGACGGAGGUGUGAAAAAUAAACCGUUUCUUCAACUUACCUUUCACUUCACUCUUGGACAAAUAAGGAACAUGUCACAUAUACUGGAGGGGCUUCACUGCAAAUGUGAGGAGAAAGGAGAGUAAAAAAGACAAUAAAUGCAGGACAUUGACAUAAAAGAACUGGUAUCAUGAAGUCUUUGUAUGUUGUUUUAUUUAAUGUUUGGACCUUGUCAUCAGACAUGAACUGCCUCUCCGAAUAUGGCCAGGAGUCCCAUUCUGGCUCACGUGGAAGACAGUUUGGUUGGAGAUUUAGUGACUCCAUUGUGUAUCAUACACACAGGCGAUGACCUGUUGUCUAGUAUGUAUGUGAUGGUUGUAAUGUACAAAUUAGUCAUGUCUUCUUUCCAUUCAGUGUUACUACAUCACUGUUGCACCCGCUCUUUCUCCAAAUCAGCACUGGAUCAAGAUACAUUUUUGGUGAUAAAUUGAAAUAGUUUGAGGACAGGCUGCCAAGCACCCACUCCUACCCUUCUCAAGGCAAUCCCUUCCCCUGCACAACUCACCUUUUAUCCUUUUGGCUCUGACAUUAUUUUCCACCCUGACACUGUUGGCAGUGGUGAGAGACAAGUGAAGGGGAAUGUGGAUGAAACCAAAAUCAAGUACGCAAAUGGAGAAAGGCCUUCUCUGAGAUUCUUGCAAACUUUGUUGUCUUCUGGGGCCUCGACCUCAAUGCUACCACCCUUGAAGAUCGGGGGUACCUCACAUCUUGUCUGUCAUUUUAUCCAACCAUGAUGUGGCAUUUGUUGUCAAAGACAAGCAGGCAGGCUUACGAUAGCUAACAUUAAAUGUUUAACAUUGGUAUCAGAAAGGAGUAUGUAUGUUGAAAAUUCCAAGAUGGAUAUGUGACUCAAUAUAUAAAUAUAUAUCAUAUGUUGUGAUACACAAAAGGAACAUGAAAGCACAAGGCUCAUUUGGAGUCAUGAUGUACAGCAUUGUAAUUACUGACCGAGUUCUACAGAGUGGAUUUCAGCAUUUAAAUAUAUUCCAUACUCUGCUUGGGAAGAGUCAUUAUUGAAAAGAUCUAUUGUGAUAUAUCUCCUUAUUUUCCCGUUCCUGUCUUUUCAAGAUACUGGACUAUAUGCGUGUUCUGUAUCACAAUGUAACCUGUGCGUUUUUAUACCACAACCAUUUACUCUUGGAUCUCCUUGCUGUUGUCCCCUGUCCUCUAAUCUGCUCGAUCGCCAGCCUUUCUCACAGAGCCCUCCCACACCUCCUGACUUGCCUUUUUUUAUUUUAUCUGGGGCCAUCUGUUUGUUAAUGUACAGUUUUCAGAGCACAAAGUGAAUGUGUCUUAUUUCUAAUUAAAAAAAGCUAUAUAUAGACA